AUGGAAUAUCUCAACCAGAUGAAGAACCGCCGGCGCUCGUCGCAGAUCUUGCAAGCACCGAACCCUGUUUUGACAGAUGAGGAGGAAGCCUUCUUGCGACAAGUAACGUCGGAAACUGGGUCCAGUUCUGCGGCAAAAAUGUCAUCACCAGUGUCUGAGGCUCUUCCGGGGAGUUCCCAACAGCCUGUUUUGAACGAGGAUGCGGAACAUAUUCCUCUUCCUUCUUCGCCAGUCGAAGAAUUCGGGAAGGAGCUGGGAGAGCAAGGGCGAAGAGCCAGCCAGAUUUCAGGUGGUUCUACGACCAAAGAGCUAGAAUCUGCAAAGCCAGAGUCUACAGCCCCCGAGAAGAAAAAGAGAAGAUGGAGUACCAUGUUCUGGAAAAAGGACGGAGACUCCAAGAAAGACAAGGAUAAAGAUUCGAAGGGAGACUUUUCACAGCCUCAAACCCCCGUUCCGCCAUCGACAGUAACGCCGACGACAGAUAAUGGAAACGAGGCUCAGAAGGACCAAGAAGACAUGACAGAUAUCCUGGAGCGAUUGAAUCUGGCUGCGGAUAACAAUCGCGUCUUCUCCAUCGGCGACGACACACAGGAACUUCUUCGGAAAUUCAAAUUGAUCUUCAAGGAUCUGAUCAACGGUGUUCCCACAGCCUACCACGACCUAGAGAUGCUUUUGACGAACGGCAAUCGCCAAUUGCAAGACACAUAUACCAAGCUCCCUGGCUUCCUUCAGAAGCUGAUCGAGAAGCUUCCGGAGAAGUGGACCGAGACUCUGGCUCCAGAGAUGCUCGCAGUGGCAAGUGAACGGGCCACUCAGAGUGGAGUCAACAUGGAGAAUGUCGGCAAGGCUGCCGCGGCUGCCGAAAAGAUGGGUGUCAAUAUACCCAGUCUGAAGGAGCUAGUUUCGAAGCCUGCUGCGAUCGUGGGAAUGUUGAGAUCGAUCAUGGCAUUUUUGAGAGCACGUUUCCCUGCUGUGUUGGGCAUGAACGUGCUCUGGUCACUGGCCUUAUUCAUUCUCCUCUUUGUUCUAUGGUACUGCCAUAAACGUGGCCGUGAGGUCCGUCUUGAGAAUGAACGAUUGGUCACGGAGGAAGAGAUCAAUAAGCUGAAUGAGAACUCCUCCGAGGGCAAGAUACGUCCCACUGAGACAUUCACGACCACAGCACCUCAAGGGGCUUCGGUCGAGGAAAUUCGAGAAGGUGUGAGGAAAGUGGAACAAGCCCGGGCAUCCUCGGCGUUGGAAGCUACAACUUCAGAGUCGCAGAUUUCAAGGGAUAAGACCACUCCUUCCUUCGCGGCCCCUACUCGAACUAAGUCGCGUCUGUCUAUCUUUGGCCGGGCAAAGACUGAGCCGGGUCCCUCUAAUAUUGCCCCUUACCCUGGGACUUGA